ACCAGCCCUCCUAUUACCUCCCAUCCAUUAUUUACCCUUGUUUACCCUCAGUCUAAUCCCUCUCUUAUCCGCUCAAUCUCGCCUGUUCCUCCCGCCAGAUGACCAAUUCAUCCCGCUCCUGAAUUAUUUUGCCUCAUUUCCCUCGCGCCGACUGGAUCUCACCCUGUCCACGGUCUCUGCCCAGCGCCAGAUAGGCUGUGCCUGGGAUACAUACAUCCUACUAUAUUACCCCUACCGCAUCCAGUGUGCUUAACUCGUUACUGACUCCCACCCCCCUCCCACUCUGUCCCAUGCAAUCAACCCUCCCAAGCUUGCCUUAAUUAGGAUUAAACAAUAGUACCUACUGCCGGAUAGCUUCGGGUAUCAAAGCAACUGUCGGCCUCGAUCGAGAAAAAAAAAAAGAAACAUACCCCAAGGAUACGCCAACACCCCUGCGCGCCCGCUGUUCCUACCUCCUUACCACCUAUCUGACAGCCCUUCCGGUCUGAUUAGCGCAACCAUGGGGGCUUACAGUGCAUCGUCAUAUCAGAAUGGAUCGCGGACUGGCUCGAGUUCCAGUUCCACUAACAGUGACGCCUCGGAUCGCUCGAAAAGCACGGCCCCUACGAUCUACAGCGAUCGACCCAUUCCCCUCCAGAGGGCGACAAUGGACGUCUACGACGAGACCGACCCCAAAGCCUCGAUCACAACCUACACAUCCACCAUCCCAUCGGACGACAACCUCUCCGAAACCCCGCGCUACGAGGUAACCGAUCGUAAGCUCGACAUCUUCUCGACCGAUGUCAUCGCCUCCAACCCUUCGACUUUCGGGCAAUUAUUCCCCUCCUCUCGACGGCUCCUGAUCCGACACGAUGAUGCGACCCUCGACGGGAACAUGAACCUCCGCGUGGACACUAUGGUCCCGCAGAGGGGUGGCUACCAGCAAGAUUUAACCCUAUUCCAUCUUCGCAUGUACGAUCUCUUCUCGAGAAAGUUUUCCUUCAGACGUUACUGCCGAGACUCUGGGCGGGAGGUGUGUCACUCGGAAAGGAGACCCACGGCAUCAAGUUUGGAUAGACACCCUGUCUUCCGGCGGUCUUGGGGUAGUGUGUUGGCUAGCCUGCGGCCGGGUUCCAGUGGCCACGGCGCCAUGCCCGGCCAGGAGCAUCAGCGACAGGACUCGGGGUACAAGUCGGUGGAGGAUGAUGAUGACGAUUCCUUCGAGGAGAGGCAUCUAGACCCCCGGGGCGACGGAGAUCGCCAAUCCGUGCUAACCGAUAGCACCUUGCUGGAGUUUUCCAACUAUGCUCACGUAGAGCUAAAGCGCCGCGGCGCCGGACUCGCGAAGCGAUACGAGUUUGAGUAUUGGUCCACAAGAUACCAAUGGCGGCGCGAAUGCCGGAAAGAGGGGGACCUGCGUGAAGUAUCCUACCAUCUGGUCAACAUGCGCACGUCAAAGACGAUCGCCCAUAUUGUCCCCGAGAUCCAGACGCCGAUGGAGGCGAUGGAGGAGGAGAAAAAGGGCGGAUGGAUCCCUCCGUCAUCGAUGUGGAUCAGCGACUCGUCGGUGUAUGAAAAGAUGUCUGACGUUGCCGAUGUGAUUGUUGCCACCGGGUUGACGUGCCUGAUUGACGACUGCAUCCGGCGCCGAUGGCAUUCGAAGCGACAUUCCCAGUUCAUACAUCCGAUGCGGACCACCCUGUCCAAGAGCAUCGAGCUCAUGGGGCCGAGGCGACUGCUGGGUGAAGUGUUCCAUCGACGAGGGUCCGCGUGAAAAUGAUAGGCUGUGGAGGAAGGAAAACGCGCUGGUAGAAAGCACCACGGCAGCAUGACGUGUUGCCGCCGGCCCUGGGGGGCGUGGGAGAACCAGCCAGCCGCAGGCCACUGACAGGGGGUUCUCUAGGCGACCACUUAGCUCUAACGACUUGUGACGACCGCAAAUGAUGAUGUUUUGAUUGGUUCUGGCUUCCGUCCCGAUUUUUGGUUGGCUCAUACUGGGUGCUUUUUUUUUUUUUUUUUUUUU